UUUAAACGAAUUGAAUAUUGAUAUUUAUGAAUCAUAAUCGAGAUAAUUAAGAAUAAUAUUUUGAGUGUGAAUUGUGAUAUUCCUUUAUAUUUAUUUUACAAUUUCCAGAGUAUGUAGUAUUUGGAAUUUGUCAUUUGUUUUCGACUAUGGAGGUCUCCGGCGCAGGGAAGUCAACUAAUGCAUCCCUAUCAUUUAAAUACAAUGCAAAUAAUGAACAACUGGAAGAACUGUAUAGUAUUAGUGAUGAUGAUCCUCCCACACCUCAAUGUGAUGCACCAUCUAGCACCCAGAGUGAAAAUGCUAGUCCUAAGCGUGGUGACAAGUCUGCAUCUAUUUUAGAAAAAUAUUUCAAGUCUAUUAGGGCAGAGAAACCUUCAGAAAAGAAUGAAGAUGUGAAACCUGUAGAUUCUAAGCAAAUAGAUGAGCCAAAACCACCUAAGGAAGUGACAUCUUCCCCCAUGAAGGAAUAUUUAAACCGUUUGGGAAAGAGAAGCACCUCUGAAGCAGCCCCAGAUGCAAAAGAAAGUAAUGAAACAUGGAAGAUAUUCCAUGAUUUCAAAUUCAAAAUAGCUCAGGCAGUAGAAGAUAUGAAGACACGGUCUGUUGAUGAAACAAAAGAGAAAAGUGUCCCUAGAGACAAUUCUAUGUCUGAUUCAGAAGAAAAUUCAGCCAUCAAAGAUUCUGAUCAGCAGAGCAUUGGGGACACUGACAACCAGGUGUCCUCGCUUGAUAGUAGCAUGCAGAAUUUGUCUGAGAUGACCCAGCCCAUAACUGCAAAAGCGGCAGAACGCGAAUCAAGUCUUCCUGUCGAUACCAAAAACUAUUCAGAUUCCAGUGAUGAUACACACAAAAAUUUAGUUCACAGUGAUUCAGCUGACAUUUCAAAAGACUUCCUAAAUGAUGGCAAUUUGAUGGAUGUAGAGUCUGGUGUUGAGGCUUUAGAAGAUACAACAGAUGGUUUUGGCGAUAUCACGCAUAUGGAAGGAGAAAAUCUACAGGGCACCAAGUCUAUAGAGAAUAGUCCUAAACGAACGCCGCCCGCGCCAAAUAGUCUGCCUCCAAGCAAGAGCAAUCUUAAAUCACACGAGCCUAAACAAAAGACUUAUUUCCUAAAUUUUUCUAUGUAUUUCUUAACAUUUUUAUUACUCGUAAACUAUGUUUUAUUUCCUAAAUGGAAUGUUUGGAAUGGAUUUAUAUUAGGUAUAUGGUUCUUUUGUUUUGCUAGCAAUCUCAAGCAGUGGUUAUUAGAUAAUUACUUUACCGAUGAACCAAAAAAAAAUAGUUUCUUCCACUUGAAAUGUAACAGUACUGUGCCUGUGUCGUAUAUUAUACCUUCUGUCAAGGAGCAUACGCCGUUAAAGAAGUAUGAGGGCUGGAUAAAUCACUACAGAUUCCCAGACUACGAUCCAUAUGCGUACCAUAUUAAUAAGACAACAACAGCAUUUAUGAAACUGGAAGGUUGCAACUUGAGAAUAUCGUACACAAAAACGAAAGUGCCAAAGAAAGCGUUGUGGGAUGAAAAGAUUGAAAAUAUUGUGUUUUACCAGCAUAGACUGUAUAACCUGACUGGAGCACGAGUCAUAUUAUUACCUAAAGGACUUGUGCGAAGAAGACAAUGGAGCAAAAAAUAUCCAAUCUGUAUAAUACUCAAUGAAAAAGAGAAGAUUCAAGUAUUAGAAAAAGAGAAUGCAGAAAAGAAGGCUGAGGGCGGGUCGGAUAAGAAAAGUAAAGAUCAGCAAAUACAGCACGAAGUUGAAAGUAUUGACACUAACACUAGUCCGGAGAAGAAGAGGAAGUUUGUAUGGAGAAGACGAGACAAGAGUGCAUCACAUUCUGAAGGAGAAACGGGAAAAGAAGGCCUACGACAUAGAUUUGUUAGAAAAAUACAAAGAGAUAAAAAGACGGACAGCGUGUCGACAUGUACAGAGCCCAACGAAGGUCAAACACCAUCAGAGAGGGCGAUCCACUUUGAGGAGCCGUCAUUCUUUGACGCGGAAAUGGAUCUUACCAGCAAAUCGGCCACCAGUACGAAGGAAGACGAUGAAGAUUUGGAUGACAACGAAUUGAGCAGGAUCAAGGAGUUCCUAGAAGAAGCGGAAUUGGAUACGGCGACCGAAGGCAAUGUAGAGGGCGAAUGGAGCGUGCACGUGAAGCAUUCCAAGGACAAACAUUCACACUUGUACUUUUUCACACGCACCGGCCGCGAUAAGCAUGAAUGGUUUCGGCGACUGAACAUAGCCAUAUCAGAGGCGAAUGCAUCUGCUGACACAUCUGCAGCUGAAGACAAGUCGGUCAGCGAGCCAGUAACAGAGAGCAAGGACGGAAUCGAAAUGGCAGUUUAUAAGCUAUCGGAGAAGGACACCGUUGCAUUCGCCAAGACUACUAAUAAAACAAACGACACGGUAUCAGAAGGUGUGACGAUAACAACAUCAUCACAGCCAUUGUCGCUCGAUAUGGAGACAUACGAGAAGAAUUUUUGGCCAUAUCUUCUCAAAAUUAUACAGUCGCACGACACAGCAUACAAACAGACAUCGGAUGUGGGCGUUACGUGUCAGAUAGAACCGACACCUCAUGAGCGUUCUAAGAAUAAAAAGAAGAGAAAAACUGAAGCAAAAAGCGGUACCCGGGAGUGCGAGUGCCGCUCGCUGCCGGCUGAAAUAUCAUGGGUGAACACACUGUUGGCGCGACUCGUAUUUGACGUGAUGCGGGAUCCCAUCAUGAUCACCAAACUACAAAGCCGCAUUCAGAGGAAAUUAAACACCCUCAAGCUGCCGGCGUUCAUGUCGCCGCUGGUGGUGACGGAGCUGUCGCUGCGGGGCGCGUGUCCGCUGGUGCAGGGCGUGGCGGCGCCGCGCUGCGACGACCGCGGCGUGUGGCUCGACGCCGACCUGCGCUACGACGGCGGCGCGUACAUCACCAUACUCACGCAGCUCAACCUCAUGAAGCUCAAGGAGAAGAAUUUGACGUUAGAAGACCAACUAUUAGCAAAUAACGAAAACGUUGUAGAAAACGAUUUGAAUACGUCGGUGACUGGCGUUGUGUUCUCUGAAAAACAAUUGAGGAAACGGAAACCAGCUAUAUAUGAUUCGGAAGUGGAAGAUUCAGCCGAGUCAAGUAGCGACGACGAGAGUCCGCCGCUACAACCUGUUGACAGCGCCGAUAACAUACCACUCUCGGAUACUGCGUCUACAACAACUGAAGGAGGUUCAUCGAAAAAGAAGUUUUUAAGAAUGGUUGAUAAAAUAGCAACAAAUAAAUAUUUUCAACAGGUGACGGAUUAUAAGUACGUGAAACGGGCAAUGGAAGGCUUGUCCAACACAGACAUCAAACUUCAACUCGAACUGCAAGGAUUGGAGGGCCGACUCGCUGUAAACCUGCCACCUCCGCCACAUGAUCGGAUUUGGAUCGGGUUUAGCACAAACCCACACCUGGUGCUAAAAGCGCGGCCGGCGGUGGGCGCACGAACUCUACGCUUCGCUCACAUCUCCAACUGGAUCGAACAGAAGCUCAGUAAGGAAUUCGAAAAGGUUCUCGUACUGCCCAACAUGGAGGAUAUUAUCGUUGACGUCAUGACGCCUACGCCCAUCGAUUUCGAUUAAACGCCAUGGUAUUAGCCUGUGUCACUAUUAUAAUAUAUACAAUUCUCAAAAAAAUAUGGGCACCCAAGCGAAGCUGGGACGGGCUACUAGCUACAACACUAGUUGGCACUGCACAGUAGUAAAACAAGGUUUUGUAUGAUAAAUAAUAUUGUAACGGUAUAAAAUGGGCUAUAUGGCGAUAAUGAAUAUGUCAAAGGAGCCAUAUAUAUAUUUGAAUUGUAUAUCUAUGACUAUCAAUAAAAUUUACAAAUGUUGUCUUCAAUACGCCGCCUACUAUUUUAAAUAAUUAAGUAAACAACAAAUGGCGUUGUGUCGUAGUUUUUUUUUUAUUAUUGCCGUUUAAUUAUCAUCAAUAUAUGGCGAUCUACAAAAGUACGAAGUCACAGAACACUACGUAUUUAUAAAAGAGUUAUAAUUUAUUAUAGCAACCUAAAAGGUAUGUUUAAAAAGGUAAACAUUGCAAACCAAUAAUAUAGAAAUAUUAAUAUUAUUGCGGUUUACGUUGAAUACGAAUUGGAUAUAUACAAAUUAUUAUUUUAAGCGUUGAAUAUGUACCGUUUUCGUGCAACGAUUGGCGUCUUAUAAAUGUGAGGCCAUCACUAGUUUAGCUAAUGUACGGCGGUACAUACACAUUUAGCAUUUAUAUUUAGAAAAUAUUUAGAAUGUAAAUAAUUAUUUUCGUUCCGAAUGUUGAAUACCUUUUCCACGUUGUAUGUAAAUAUAAAAGUUAGAAAAACAAAUGUAUUAAAGUUUAAUGAAGAGGUCUGUUGAAAAUAUGGAUGUGGUUAAUUUUAGAGUAUUAGCUAGAUUUUUUAUGUUAAAUUGUUGUGUAAUGUUUUAUAAUAUGAGCAUGAUUACUUUU